AUGGCGACGCCCGCCUAUGGUGCUCAGUCGGGCACCGUCGCUGAACCCAAUAAUGCUGCUCUCUACGAGUCAAGGCGAAGACAGACAAUCACGGGGUCUCAGGUUGUCGACAACAUCGUCUCCUUCUCCAAUUUUGAUCGAGAUGAGGUAGACAGAUUAAGAAAGAGAUUCAUGAAGCUGGAUAAGGACAACAGCGGUACAAUUGAAAGAGAAGAAUUUCUGUCACUGCCACAAGUGUCCUCCAACCCCUUGGCAACGAGAAUGAUCGCCAUCUUUGAUGAGGAUGGAGGUGGUGAUGUCGACUUUCAGGAGUUUGUUCUCGGUCUCUCUGCCUUCAGCUCAAAGGGAAAUAAGGAAGAAAAACUCAAGUUCGCCUUCAAAGUCUACGAUAUCGACCGCGAUGGAUAUAUCUCCAACGGCGAAUUGUUCAUCGUGCUGAAGAUGAUGGUCGGUAGCAAUCUCAAAGAUCAACAACUACAACAGAUUGUGGACAAGACCAUCAUGGAAGCAGACAAGGAUGGCGACGGCAAGAUCAGCUUCGAAGAAUUCACUACAAUGGUCGAGUCAACCGACGUCAGCUUGAGUCUGACUUUAGAUCAGUUCUAA